GUCUGUCCUCUCCGCUCUUUAACGCUUGUGUGUUUGCGUGCGAGCCACAGCUGAGGCUACCGACCGUGGUGACACACCAGGCGGCUUUAUCGGUGGUACGGCAUUCCAUUCCUACGCGCCUGCCUUAGUGUGCCGGAUCUAACGUUCGCGGUUCUUCGUGUGCAUCAUUCGUUUCGUUACUGUUUUUGUGUGUGAUCGAAGAGUAGUAGAGAAAAAGGGAGAUAUAGAGAGAGAGAGAGAGAAAAAAGGAGCCUAAAAAGAAGCAAAACAAACAGUGGGGUGGCCAAAGGUACACAAAACCCUAAUCAUGCGUCUCUCGCCCGUCAGCUGAUCCGGUGCAGUGUGAGUGUACUGUGUAUGAUGGGCACUGAAUUCCUGCAGCCAUGCGUUAUCAGAACCGCAUGCCCGCACACGAUUACGUGUCGGGAGCGGUGACGGGGGGCAAAACGCAACCCAAGAAUGUGAUUGUGUGUCUGCAAAGCGCCUAGGUGUGUUUGUGAUUCGUUAAGACAGGUGUGCGUACAAGCGCUUACAAAAAAAAAACACACAAUUUCGGGCUAGAAAUUUUCAUGUAAAACCGUGUACUCGUGGUGAUUUGUGACUUAAUUAAAAAAAAAACUUAUUUCGUGCAGUGUAGAGAGUGUAGAGUAUUCUACUAAUAUCUUUGUAAUUCUAAGCAUAAGCUACUUAUCGAGACCGUGCCGUUGCCUUGAAUGUCUCAUCGAUCGUUUGUGCGAAACCGUGGUCGCUCGAAUGCACUGCGCCAUUGACAGCCUGCAUCGGAAAGGGAAGGGCGGGGUGUUCGCUAUCAGUGCCACCACGGCAAUAGUCAUCCAUUCGCCCGCGACCGCUCACACACAAACCGACCGACGACGAAGACGCCUGGCCUAUCGGAUCUCGAAUCGAACAGGCUACGGCAAAGCAGCAGGCAAGAAGUCAACCGCGAACACCCCUCUACGCAGACGAUAACAGCCGUCCCCCGAAGGAACUCCCGCAGGCAGUAGAAAGCAAUCGGUCCAACCGAGCAAGCGUGUGCCCCUCAGUCUCGCAUCGGCCCUGGACCGGAACAGGGGCAGCAGGCCGCGAUUACAACCCGUGUGAUCGCGAUCGGUCGGCACGAUCAUCAUUUCAAUGAGUAACAAGGAUUACUGGUAGGAUCGCAGACAAGUGACAGAGGAUGACAACUCGGGGGAAUCGUGGGCAAAUUCUGCCCCAUCUAGCGGCAGCGCUACUGCUCGUCGCCGGUACCAUGUGGCCACCUGUUGAAGCGAAUGCUUCGGACGACUACUACGACUAUGGCGGUAGUUCGCAGGAGGGAACGAUCGAGGAAAUUGUACAGUACGCACGGUCAACCCCGGAAAGUGACAGUUACGUCGUGUCCGUGGUGGAGUUUCACCCCGAACCGAUGACGAUGCCGAUCGAGCAGCGAACCCAGCUGCAUCUGGCCGAGUAUAGCCGGCUCAUACGCUCUCCGGAAGCAAAGCCCGCCGACAUUAUCGUGUUCCCGGAGCUGACGCUCAACUCCCUCUCCGACAGAGUAUUCGUGCCGGAUCCGGCACAGCGCGUUGCGCCAUGUGACGAUCACGGCACCAUUCUAGUCACCCUGUCCUGUCUCGCCCGCGAGGUGCGCAAAUAUCUGGUGAUCAACCUGUCCGAGCAGUUCUAUCUGCAGCAGCAGGCCGAAACCGUUCGCUACAACACGGACGUCGUCUUCGACCGGACCGGUACGGUCAUUGCGCGCUACCGGAAGUACAAUCUGUUCAAGGAGCCGGGUACUAGCGUGACGGCCGCACCGGAGCUAGUGAGCUUCGAGACGGAUUUCGGUGUACACUUCGGGGUGUUCACGUGCUUCGACAUUCUGUUCGCGCUGCCAACGCUCGAGCUCGUCAAGCACGGCCUGCGGGACUUUGUAUUUCCCGCCUUCUGGACGUCCGAGCCGCCGUUCCUCAGCUCGACGCAGAUCUUCGAGAGCUGGGCGUACGCGAACGAUGCCAACCUGAUCGUUGCCGGUACGAACUAUGGCCCUUCCGGGGCAACCGGUACCGGGGUGUUUAAUGGGCGCAAUGGAGCGCUGCUCACACACUACACCGGUGUACCUACGCGGGCCCUCUACACGGUGACAGUGCCCAAGUCGGGCUCGGGGAAUCACACCCGCUAUCACUCGCUGACGAGCGACGUGCUGGAAGUGCCGAUAGCCGAACCGAGCGGCCAUCGUCUGCCCGGGUACGAGCUGGAAAAUGUCCGUUUGGGGCGCGACUUUCUCGAACAGUUUACCACCAUCCAGCUGAACCCGAUCUGGCAGCAGGAAACGAUCGGUCAAAUUGUGUGCAGUGGCAUGUUUUGCUGUGACUUCUCGCUCAGCCUGACGGUGGAUGCCGAGCGCGACCAGACGCACCAUUACCGGCUGGCCGUAUUCGAUGGUGUGCGCACCUUCCAGGGCUUUGCCGAUGCGCACGUGUCGAUUUGUGGCGUGAUCGGCUGCGCGAACCAAAGCAUCGCGAGCUGCGGGCUGAUGCUGCAACACAACUCCGAGUAUCUGCAGUUCAAUUCCAUCUCCAUUACGGGACAGUUCAUCGCCAACGGCACGCUUGCCAUGCCCAACACGCUCGACAUGCGCAUGUACUCGUAUGACGCUAGCCAUUACGCUUUUACCGCCGAAGUCAACUACUCUACCAACGUUCAGAUUGUGACGAUGAAUCUGACCACCCCGAUCAGCGACAUGCAAACGUUCGGUAUCUAUGCGUUCAACCACAAGGAGUUUGAGUUCUACAACCCGAUCGAGCGACCCGGCGAGAGCACUCCCGAACCGGACCCGGACGAUGAUGGAGGUGCCAUCGCCGGCACCCAGCCUACCGCUGCUAUGCUGCUCCUAGCAGUAGCGCUGCAUGCCAUCUGGCAACGGAUCGCUGCGUAAUCGUAAAAAGAAUGCGGGAAGAUGAUCCUUCUCCCGCACUCAAUGUUCCUGUGCAGUAUUUUUUCUCGGCCAAGCCUGUUCACCCUCAAGCGCUAUUGCAGGGCUUGGCAAUAGCGUGUAUUGUGCCAUUAUAUUCGUCAGUAGAUAGCGUUAAAUGAGUACCAAAAAAGACAAUUCACUAACCUGUUUCGAAGGUUCCGCCAUUGCGUUGGAGAGGGGGGUGGGGAGGGGUAGAAGAUGUAAGGGACCUGCGUUUGAUAAAGAAAAAAAGUUGUGAUAGUUAGUGCCUUUCAAGAUGUAAAUACCUUCUAUACGAUAAUCAAAGUGCAAGGUGUUUUCUUUUAAAAAAAUAACUUACCGUUCGGAUAUUUCAAAAUGUUAGCAUCACUUUUUUAAGGACUGUUCUUUUCUAUGUCCUACCGUGAAUACCAAUGUUAUCUUUAUCGCGUGUCCUUAUUUAUUGGUCCUCAUGUGAAAUAUCUUUGAAGUAGGUGCCCACACGGGGCUAAAUACUUUGUAAAUCACGUUAUGUAUAUAUUUGAAUAUCGCAAUAAACAGAAUCAUUAAAUAAAA